CCUUUAUGUCGCUGAUCAGUUGACUGUUGACUCUAGUCAGUGAUUCUUCAAACGCUACCCAUUGUGAAACGAUGGAAUUCUUGCUCGGUGGUGCUUCCUCAAUGUGUGCCGUGCUGUUUACAAACCCUUUGGAUGUUCUCAAAACACGCCAACAGCUUGAGGGUGAGCUGAUAGCCAAACAGAAUCUUAAGAAGCGUGCCUACAAGGGAUUCCGUCAAUCCGUCACAACAGUGAUCCAAACGGAUGGAUUGCGCGGUUUGCAAAAGGGACUUCCGGCCGCGCUACUAUUCCAAUUCUCUAUGAACAGCGUCCGGCUAGGGACGUACCAGACGGCAAAUGAUUUCGGUUGGACAAAAAGCACUCAAUAUCCCUCACUGACACCUUUGUUAUCACUGCUAUGGGGAGGUUGCGCUGGACUGGUAAGUGCAACGGCAUCCUGUCCAUUCUACGUGGUAAAGACACAGUUACAAGCCGUCACUGCUGGAUCGUACACGGCACGGUUUCAACACCAUCACAGCGGCACCCUGUCGGCUUUUGGGAAUAUCUAUCAGCAAAGUGGAAUUCGUGGACUGUUCCGAGGAUAUCCGGCAUCCGUAGCACGACUCGUUGUCGGAUCAGCCGCAGAAAUGGCUUCUUUCAGUGUGUGUAAAGAGUUCUUCCUGCGCUACCAAGUGUUCCAGGAGUCCAUUGUACUGACUGCACUGGCCAGCAGUACUGUAGCUGGGUUUUUCACCAGCGUCCUAAUGUCACCGUGUGAUGUCGUAACGACACGUAUGACCAAUCAAGGUAGGGCUUUCCUUUAAAUAUCUUAGGAAAUACGCUCACUUUUAUUGAAUUUUUACUCACAGCCGUGUCUGCCAAUGGAAAAGGAUUACUGUACAGCAACAUUUUUGAUUGCUUCUU